AUGCAGUACAGCAACCGCAUCAAGCCCGUGCACUUCCGCCCGUUCCUCGCGCGCUGGGGCGUCCCGUGGGACCACGGCUCCUAUUUCCGCACGACGACCGCGCUCAACCCCGCCGGCAUCCCUGCGCCGCUCGAAGAGCAUGCGCUGCUGCCUUCGGUCAGCAUGAAGUCCCUGCACGUGAAGGGCGCCCCGCGCGCGCACGCGGUGUACCUCCCGACGGCGGGGUCGCACAUAGAGUCCCACGUAUUUGCCCCUGACCGCCUCUCCGGCGAGGAGGCGGAGGAGAGCCCCGCGGUGCUAGCAUCGGUCGGGCAGGGAUACCUGGGGUACGUCGGAGAUGUGAACGGGGAGCAGGGCUCGACGCGCCUCAUCCUGGAGAUGUGCGGGGUGAAGAUCCAGCCUGGUGACUUGGGUGAGAGGACGCACUCGACGGGGCUCAACGUGAACCCGGAUGGGACGAUGGUGCCGAUCGUUGAGACAGAGACAGAGAUUCCUGUGCCGCCGCCUCCGCCGCCGCGCGCUCCCCGUCCCCGCGAUACUGAGGUUGCGACGCGUGCUGAGGCCCGCGAGAAAGUCCGCAAAGACAAGUGUACGCGUGCAGACGCACUCAAGAACGAAGGAAACGACUUGUUCAAGAAAGAGAAGUGGGCCGAGGCUGCGGAGAAGUAUCGCGCGGCCGCCCUGCUCGCAGGACCACAACCCGUCUAUCUGUCCAAUCUGGCUGCCUGCUUCCUGAAGAUGGAACUAUGGGAGCUAGCGGAUAGCGCGGCGACGCGCGCCCUCGUACACGACCCGAAGCAUAUCAAGGCUCUCUAUCGCAGGGCCCUCGCACGGAAGGGCUCCGGACAUGCGGAGGAAGCCUUCGCGGACUUGCAGCGUCUGCUUUCAAUCGACAGGUCCAACGUUCCUGCACGCAAAGAGGCCGAGAAUUUACGCGAGAUUCAUGGCAUCUCGCCAACCAAGACGCCUGCUACGAACGACCAAGACAGUGCCUUGGAGAUCGAGGACGAGUCGGAUUCGGAGGACUUUGCGCACCCAGGAACGGGCAUCGCAUGCAGAUACUACAACACCCGUGACACCGGUUGUCGCAACGGCAAAAAGUGUCGCUUCAGACAUUCCCCGGAUUCGAAGAGCAUCCGUGACGAACUCGGAAGGAACGUCUGCGUGUACUGGCUCCUUGGCCACUGUCGCUUUGCAGCGGAGGGCAAGUGCGUGUACGCACACGACGCCACGUACCUCCCCGCCCGAGGAUGGUGGACGGACACCGCCCGCCUUGAGCGCAUGCGCGCGGAAUUCGACGACGCCAUCAAGGCGCAGCCUCUGAACCUCGGGGCUAGAAACGUCUUAGAGAGCAUUCUUGCGGAGGCGUUCGUCCCGCUCCCGUGGCGGAAGGACUUCUGGGCCGUCGCCUCGUACGAGGAUGCCAUGCGUGAGCGUGAAGAGGACAGCGAGAAUUACGAGGACAGUGAUGGGUAUGACUCGGAGGAGGGACGUUGGGACACCGGGUUCGGCCUCACGGAUGCUGAAGUCGAGGAGCUAUGGACGCAGGGUAUCAAGCCCUGGGAGAUCGAAUCUUACGUGAGUAUAGUUCUCUACGGCUGUCUUCUGUCUGAUGGGGUACUGAAGGAUCCUGUAAUGCAUGUGCAGGACGAGUUGAUGAGGAUCCGAAGUGUUCUGUAUAAUAACAGUAGCUACUACUGA